CGCGCUGGGAACACUGCUGUGGGAGGCGCCAGCUGUGGGAGUCUGUGGCCUUGGUCGGCGCCGUAUAACCAGGGGAUAUUGACCGUCUGCCACAUUGUCACCCGUUACUGUGCACGAAGAAUGGCGUCUAAGGUCCUCAGGAAGGUGAUCUCCACCCCCAAGGCCCCGGCUGCUAUAGGGGCGUACAGCCAAGCAGUGCAGGCAGGCAACACCCUCUACAUUUCCGGUCAGCUGGGCCUGGACACAGCCACCCUGGCACUAGUGAGUGAGGAUGUGGUGGAGCAGACCCGGACAGCCCUGACCAAUAUGGGCCACAUCCUGGAGGCUGCUGGCUGCACAUACAAGCAUGUGGUGAAGACAACUGUACUACUAGCUGACAUUAAUGACUUUGCCAAGGUCAAUGAAGAAUACUCCAAAUUUUUUACGGAGUCCAAACCUGCCCGAGCAGCAUACCAGGUGGCCAACCUGCCUAAGGCUGGACGGGUGGAGAUUGAGGCCAUAGCAAUAGUAGGAGAGCUGGAUCAGCAGUAAGAACAUCCAGGACCAGUCAUCUCAACAGUCUUCCACCAUUGCCAAUAAAUUACUGUAUUAUUAUCAUUUUCUUAAUGAAAUAAUUAAAAUAACUUUUUUUACAACUGAAUGACAAUUGUAAAUUUAUUUAUUUAAGCUAUUAAAAAAAUAUGUAACAUAUAUGUAAACUGCCACUAUAAUGGGUAAUUCAAUACAAGUGUAUAUCUUUAAGUUGAGAUGUGGAUACACACUCUUAAUAUCAUACAUUCUGCUAGCAGCAAAUGCAGUCUUAUUGACAAGGAGGAUAAAGGCAAAAAGAUACCAAGUCCAAACCCACAAGUAGUGUUGGUAUUGGCUGUGAUAUUUUGUAUACCUUGUGGGUGCAGAAAUUAAGAAAUUUGGGUUACAGUAUGUUAAUUGACAAUGGUCAGCACAAUAACACCCACCAGUACAAUACAUAGCUAAUAAUUAUUAACACCUGUAUUCAUCAAGAGAUUCAUUCAAUAGAAGAUUCAUCCACCACUUUAAAAAAUCAUAAAGUAUAUUUGUAUUUUUAGUGUAAAACUGUAUAUAUGCUGUCAGUAGAAUUGAUACCAUUGAAAUACAUCAUCUCAUAGUUGUGAUAGCAUGAAACACUCCAGUAACUUGGGAAAUCUCAAACUAUGCCAGUAAAGUAGUAACAGAUCUUCUACCAAAGUUUUAUAGUAUUUCAAAACCCCUGAUGUAGUUUUAUGCAAAUAUCAUAGCUGUGCAAUAUUUUAUGUAUGUGUUGGUGUACUCUUAAUUUUCUUUGAUUUUUGUGUUUUUUGGUAUACAUACAUCUAGUGACAAGGUUUUUCUUUCUUUGAGCUGCUAUGGGUGCCCAGUGCUGUGUGUACUACUUAAUAAGAGUGUUAAAGGAUAGAGUCAUUCAGUGGAGCAGAAAUAAAUGUUUUCUAUUAAA